CAGCAGCAUCCACUUUCCUCAGAAGAUGAGGAGAUACUGAAAGAGACAACAGAAAAAGAGGAAGAAGAGACUCAGAUCAAUGAAGCAGCUGCUAUGGAGGAGGCAUCUGAGGAAUCGUCCGAGGAAUCGUCCGAGGAGUCGUCUGAGGAGUCAUCUGAGGAGUCGUCAUCCACGGAGUCAUCCACGGAGCCAUCCACAGAGUCAUCAGAGGAGCUGUCCGAGGAGCCAUCCAAGGAGUCAUCCAAGGAGCCAUCCAAGGAGCCAUCUGAGGAGCCAUCCGAGGAACCAUUCGUGGCUGCCUGUGACACUGACUCCGACACUGACAGUGGCAUCGUGUGGGACACUUGGGUGCAGAGAGAGAUGGAGCAGAUGCUCAUAAAGCAACGGGUCCUGGACCAGCAGAGCAUUGUAACCUCCCGUUCCCCGGAGCUCAGGGGCUUUGACAGGAACAUUCGUCAGAAGCUUGUCCAGAUUGAGCUGCCCGACUACAUCCUGGACAUGGGCAGCGUCUCUCGCGGUGGCACCAAGACACACACUGUGGACAUCACCAACACCGGGCCCUUCCCGGUGUCCUUCCGGAUUGAGACACAUGAGCUGCAGGACAAAGGUUUCAGUCUGGACCCGGACCAGGUGCAGUGCCUGCCCUACUGCAACACUGAGAGGAUUGAAGUGCUUUUUGACAGUACCGACUUGCCAGUUGGAGAUGUGGAUGUGCGCCUGCCCAUCAAGGUGACAGGAAGCUACACAGUUCACAUCCAUCUCUUUGCUACUGUGACUGAGCACAGCAUCCAGAAAAAAGGGAUCCCUGAUCUGCGCAAGUCCACGCAAUUGACGGGCUCUGAGAGACGCAAGAGACGUGGUGGCCGGAGAUCUAAAUCUGCCUUUAAAAGGUGAUGCUGCAGUUGAGGUCUGUGGGUUUCAGCAGGAGCCAAGGACUCUUGGUGCACCCUUGGCUCUCACUCAAAGGUGCUUGAGAGAUUUGGUUGCUGCCCCAGCGAUGAGGAAUGCUCACUCUUUUUUGGUAGUGAUAUCCUUGCAUCAAUCAGCUGCGUGAUCCCUGUUUUUCCUGUUGGGAAAAGGAGGCACGAGGGUUUGCAGGGGCCUGGCAGUAAUGCUGAGCACAAAAAGGGGCUUUGCUCACAGGCUGGUGUCCAACCUCGCCCCAGGGCCUCCUCUUGAGGAUGCCAAUGAAGGGCUCCCAUAGCAUCCUGUUGGGUCUGGUAGAAGAGGUGGGAGAAUUAUUCCCUGUUGGGAAGUUGGAGGAGCAGCAGCCAUGCUCCCUUUCAAAGGGAGCCUUUCCUUGUGGUUCCCCACCUUCCAUACUUUGAUGUUUCAGAUAAACACUACCAUGAUCAGAUUAGAAGAUUUCUGGUGCACUUGAUUAAA